UGCACCGCACCCGGCGAAUGCUCCUGCCCUCCCUGAACAACUUACCUUACCAAACCACCUCUUCCUCAAGGCUUCUGCGCCGUGAGGCCACUCCGCGCUGCUGCUCCCAUUGAUGCCCGCGCAAUCCGUCUCCCUCCAUAACUUCCUCCCCCGUCCCCUGUCUCCACACGACCUCCUCCUCGCAGCACGCUCCACACCCUCCAUCGAGCUCGAGCCCGCUCCGUCUGACGGCCGCCCUCUCCUUUUAUUUCUUCUUCUCACUGUCCAACUCUCGACCCCAUCUCGCAUCGAUUGCGACCGUCAUUCAUCGCCUCAACAUUGGCGCGUAACCGUUGAUCCUCGCCCUAGAAUAAAGCAAAUAUGGAGAACGAGCCCGCCCGCCUCGAGAGCGAUCUCAGCUCCGAUCGAGAAGGAGAGUCCUUCGAAGAUGCCGCGACUGACAUCAACCCCCGCCCUACCUCACAUUCUGAGCGCUCCAGAUCACGGUCGCUGCUCAGUCACCGGACCUCGUCGUCAUCCACCGCUAAAGAGCCGUCUUCGGAUAUGCCCGUCCCAGAUAUGCCCGUCCCAGACCUACCCGCCUCCGCAAGUGCGAAUGGGGCAAGCACAGGUGCAGAUACAGACCAGGGGAAGGAGACGGAGACUGUCGCAACGGAGAACACGUCUUCAACCAAGUCACCCCUCCUGACAGCGCAUAGAAUAUCCGUAACGUCGGAUAUGGAUGAUGUCUCUCUAGAAGAAGAAGACGCCAAAUCUCCAGAUCUCGUACCCAAACUGCCACCUCGACAGCACUCCGAGAGCGGGUUGCAGGGUCUCUCCGGCAGGAUGUCUCCCGUUAAGUUCCCUCCUCCGCCACCCUUCCCACCGCGAGAGGACAAACGCACAUCGAACCCGCCGGCACCGCCACCAACGAGGAAAUUGACAAGUCCGUUUUCUUGGCUUUCUCGGAAUACCUCAAGCAAGAAGCCAGACUCGCCGCCCUCAACCGUUGCGGAACGGCGAAGUACGAACGCAUCUCUGGCAACAAUUUCGAGCAACCCUGAGAACAGAUUAGAGACAGAUGUGCAUACCAACCGGUCUAGCCAGUUUAGUCUGCGCGAUCGGUUCAAGUUUCUUCGCAUGAGGGAAGAAGCCGGCAUCUCUCUAGAAGAGUCCGGGACCGAGCCAGGCCAGGCAGGAGCGCUAGCGGGUCUGAUCGGACGCACAACUAGCAUUUCGAUGGGCGUGGCUUCUCCUGGCACCAUGGGCGAAGCGAAGGAAGAGCAGACUCCAGGCGUUGCAUCUGGUCCAACUAGCCCCAUCGGUGGCUCCCUUGCGAACCAACCCGUCGUUAACCCCAACUUAGCCCCCGGUACGGCUGCUGGAUUCGCCACUGGCCCGCCUGGUGAUGCUGCAGAACCAGUUGACUGGGAUCUAUGGCAAUCAGUUGUGAACGAGGGUCCAGCGGCAGUUGCUCGGACAAGCGCAGAAGAACUGAAUCGGGCCAUUGCCAAUGGGAUACCUCAAGCGAUCCGUGGCGUGAUUUGGCAGGUCUUGGCUCAGAGUAAGAAUGAAGAGCUUGAAAUUCUAUAUAGGGACCUGGUUGCCCGCGGUACGGACAAGGAGAGUACUGCGAUCAAGUCUCCUCAAACGCCAAGUGUUCAAACUGCGGUGAAUGGCAAGGAAAAGGAUUCGCUGGCCUCCUCGUCGUCCUCUGUCCACUCGGAUUGCUCUACCCCAGCCACUACCGGCAGCUCGAAUGCACCCUUACCCUCGCCUCUGACCGCCACCGACAACCCGGAGGACAUGAUCAAACUCCAGGCCAAAUAUGCUGCAGAAAAGAAGCAGAAGAAUGCCGCCAUUCAUAAGUUGGAGAAGACCAUAAAGCGAGAUCUCGGCGCCAGGACCAGUUACUCGAAAUACCUCAUGGCGGCGGGGCUUCAAGAUGGGCUUUUCGGUGUCUGCAAGGCUUAUGCCUUGUAUGACGAAGCUGUGGGAUAUGCGCAAGGCAUGAAUUUCAUCGCAAUGCCGCUGCUGUUUAAUAUGCCCGAAGAAGAAGCCUUUUCUUUGUUUGUAACACUCAUGAACAAGUACGGUCUACGAGAUCUCUUUGUGCACGAUAUGGCAGGGCUGCACCUGCAUCUUUACCAGUUCGAACGACUCUUGGAAGACCUGGAGCCUGCGCUUUAUUGCCAUCUUCAUCGACGGGAUGUCAAGCCACAGCUCUAUGCCACACAAUGGUUCCUGACGCUUUUCGCUUACCGUUUCCCCCUCCAACUUGUUCUCCGCAUCUAUGACUUAAUCCUGAGCGAGGGCCUCGAAACCGCGAUACUAAAAUUCGGAAUCGUCUUGAUGCAGAAGAAUGCCCAGACUCUGCUUGGCAUGAAAGAUAUGGCGACGCUGACAACCUUCUUGAAAGAACGACUCUUCGAUGUUUACAUUGAUAAAGCACCCUCGCCAUCGUCCAUCCUUGAAAGUGGAUUCUUCGGACAAGCAGGAGGCGUUGACAAGGAGGUCUAUCGUGCAGAUAUGCUGGUGAAGGACGCUGUUUCUGUGAAGAUUACUCCUGAGAUGCUGAAGCAAUAUACGGCUGAGUGGAAAGAGCAGCAACGCAUCGAGAAGGAACGAGAAGCCGAACUCCAGGGUUUGAAAGACAAGGUGGCCUCACUGGAGAUGAAAGUUCGGCAGCUUGAGCGUCACGCUGAACAGUCAGACACAGAGCACGUUCAAGUAGCAUCCGAGCUUGUGAAGACGAAAGUAGAGAACGAGAACUUGGCCGAUGAAAAUGAGACGCUCAGGACAAAGGUUGAGGAAUUGCAAAAGAUCGUCGCCCACCAGCCUGAGGAGGUCGAGGCCCGGUUGAAGCUGGAAAUGGAAACAGUCAUGCAGAAGAACAUUGUCGUACACAAUGAGAAUCGGGCACUAGAAGAGCAAAUGGCAGAGAUGGAGAAGGAGCUGGUGGCAACGAAGAUGCAAUGGGCAACCAUCAACGAGGAGCAUGAGGCCCUGAAACAGAAGUGGCACAAUGUGUCCCAGCUUAUGAAUCGCUGACCUUAAAAGACUUCUGGUAACCUUCCAUUCCCCUGCGCAGUGCGCGCCCCUUAUACCAUUAUCUGUCUAUACUUGUUCGAGGCUCUCCUCUCCAAACGGAGUGAGAUUCGGCGUUCACCUGCUUCCCGCCGCUUGUGUUAGUGACAGCGGCUACUUAUCUGCGACUCGUACCUUCUCUGAAUACCCAUGGGAUGUUUCAAUAGCCUCGAUUGUGUCUUCUUCCUUUGUCAGUUGAGCAAUGAUUUGCAUAUGUGGGCGUGGCAUGUGAGAUGCACCUGGCGUUCGCGAGAUCCUAGAAAGAUAACAUAAGCAACGGAGUGCAGGUGCACGUUAGUACCAUUCAGUAAUGAGCUAUUUGGUGCACAUUGUUGCUCUUGUAGCAAUUAGAGCGAUUACCCAGGCCCAAUUGGCGCCCAGAUUCGUCGUACAAAUAUGUGAUUGUUGGCAGUCUCAUGGGAAGAGCCGC